AUGGCCAUCAAACCGUUCGAGCAGAUCUAUCCCGGUCUCAAUGCGGCGAAUCUCAAGCCCAAAAAAGAUAUCAGUCCGCAAGAAUGGGAGCGCAAGCAGCGGUUGAAAGAGUACCGCAUAGCGGCGAGGAGGGAAAAGAGAAACAGGAAAUCCGACGAGAAAAAGCAGAGGAAGCUCAACGCCACGAUUUUGCGUCGCAUGACACGGAAUCCGGAGAAGUACACCAAGAACGCCGGUCGAAACAGAUUACGGGCCAUCGAGGCGGAGCGACGGAAGAUUCAGACGUCUGCUGUUCACAUGGCGCAAAGAUUGGCAGCCGUCUACGAUCCUUCGGGUGCCAUGUUCAAUGUCUCGCCUGUGGUUACAUUGGAGGACGGAAGAGUGACUACGGUGGAGGCAUUACAAAAGAGGAAAGAGAGGGAGGCGCAGAAAGCUGCAGAGAAACGUGGUGAGGUAGAAGCGGAGCCAUCCCACGACGUUCAGACAAAUGGUGUACAUACUCCAUCGAAAGCAGCUCUGCAGCACGGCAAUAUGAACAGUGAUCGCAUGGAGAUGAUAGAAUCUCAGCUAUCUCAGACGCCGACCCUUAGUAAGAGGCAACAAAAAAAGCAAGCCGAGUUUGCUCCGCGACCGGCUCUACCCAAACCUAUCAUACCUGAAGGCAUUGAGAUACCCUCCGACGAAGAAGAGAAUUGGCUUGCACUAUGGGACCUAGAUGAUGGGGAGUUGGAGAGGCGCGUGCUCCGGGCAAAGAAACGAGCUGCGAGGGAAAGGAAGGAGUUCAGACAAUAUCAGAAGUCUGGUAAAGCAGAGCGAAGGGCAGCCAGAGACGAAAAGAGAAGGGUCUAUCGGGAGAUCAAACAGUCAUGGCAGGUGAUAAGACAAGAAGAGCGGAGACGACGUCAGUUUCUCACAUCCAUGGAAGACGAAGAGCGAAAGAGGUUGGCUGUCCAAGUCAAUGUGAAGAACCGAAAGGAUGCUCUGGAUGCCGCGGCAGCAUUAGGGUUUACUCUUGAAAACGUUGAAGGGGUGGAUGAAAUUACACCGAAAACGCAGGCCAUGAAAGGUCUAAACAUAGAUUUCAACAAGCUGGAGUAUGAUGGAGACGGACCCAGUGGACUGAAAAUCAUCGACGAAAAGGCAAAAGAGAAACCGAGAGGUAACCGAGUCGACCUCGGUGCGGUCCCAGAAGAGAGCCACACCAGCCCAGUGUUCGCGCAAAAGCACGCCUCAGGACCCAACGCCAGCGCCCUUGGCCAGCAAGACUUUGUCGGCUUCGGUGCAGACGCCCUCCAAGGCCACGAAGCUCAAGUCGUAAACUACAACCACAAAGUGCGCCGGAAGCUGCGUCGAGCCAUGGAAGGUGCCAAAAUCCGCCGCGAAAUGCUCGUGCGCUCCAAAGCCAUCGAGCACUGCGAGCAGCACGGCCUCGAAGUGCCCGCCGCGCUCAAGACCCCCGACAAGCCCAUCAGCAUCCGUGGCCAGCGCACCCUCCCGAGCGGUCUGCUGGAGACGGCGAAACAGGAGCGCACGCGUGCCAAAGUCGAACUGACGGAGUUCAACAAACAAGCGCGCGUGCUAAGGAAACAGGCCAAGGAGAUGGCAGUCGAGGCGGGGAUACGCGUCUAUCUGGAGCUGAUGGGGCGGAUACCGAAGAGGGAGGGGCUGGACGAGGAGAUGGCGGCCAGACAGGCGGAGAGGGAUGGUCACAAUGGUCCUGCGGCGGUCGAGCAGAUGACGUCUAUGGCGGAUCUGAUUGCGAGUUGGCCGAUGCCGGAGGAGGGGUUGGGACAAUUGGAGGGCGCGUUUGAGGAGGAUGAUUAUGCGGCGUUCGGUGGGGAGGUUGAGGUCGCGGCGGAGGAGGAUGAAGAAGAAGGGUUGGAUACGUCGGAGGAUUCGGCGGCUCGGCAAUUGAGGCGGGAGAUGGCGAGGGAGGUUCGCCAGGAUGGUGGUGGGAGUAGUGAGGAUGGCUCUGAGAGCAGUGGUAGCGAUGAUGACUCGGAUGAAGACAUGUCGGACGUAUCAUGA